GGGAUUAGAAAAAGAAACCAGCUGGAGAGACGGACUCUGAUCUUAAACUAAAAGAAUGAGUUCCAGAGCUGAUUUCUACUCUAUCUUGGUUCCCGUGCAUCGCGCUAGUAGUAGUAGAGUAAAAUUUAAUUAUGUGGGUCGACAGUUUACAUCCAUAUGUUCCAGUCAUCAACCUGUGUUCACUUCGCUUCAACCAAAUCAAAUGUGCACUCAAAAAGUGUUCUUGGCGGUGAUUUUCAGGAACCCAUCAAACGACGACGAGAUUGUCCUCAUCAAGCAAAACCCACCUCACAAAUUCAACGAUCCUGAGUAUGAUUCUUAUCAAGAUUCUCAACUUUGGGACUUGCCCUCUGCAGAAUUAUCACGUAUUGAUAACCCACCGAGUAGUUGCCGAGUUCAAAUCGAAGCUGAGGGAAAUUCUUUGCCAGAUUUUUUGAGCCAAUUUGAUCUUGAUUCAGCUGUUGACCAGGUUCUUGAACAAGCUGUACUUGAGAAACCCAUUAAUAUAAAGUGGAGUUUCUCAAAGGUUGUAGAGGAACCUGAAUUUGGACCUGGUGAUCCUGUGAAGACUGUGUAUAUUGUUGGGAAACUAGAGUGUCAUGAUGGGAAUUUAGAAGAUUGUUGUAAGUGGAUGAGCAUAAAAGAAUGUUCAUGUUUGCUUACGGAAGUGAACUCCAGUAAUGAUCGCAUAGGGCCAUUAGUUGCUCUUGGUCUUCUUAAUGAUUCAAUGCAAUGCGCAAAUUUGCAACUCCCUCCCACCUUGAGAUCUCAGGAAUAUCCUCCUGGUGUUAAAAUUAUUCCAAUGAGAAGCAGAACAGCAAAGCCUUUUCACACAACAAACUUGGUCGUUUUUUCUCCUGGGACUAGUUAUGAUGGCUUAUGUGGUAAUAAUUUUGUUGCAAGGGCAGAUGCACUCAUUAUAGAUCCUGGAUGCAGCUCUAGCAUGCACAAAGAGCUCGAAGAAAUUAUUAAGAGGCUUCCGCAAAAGUUGGUCGUGUUUGUGACUCAUCAUCAUCAUGAUCAUGUUGAUGGUCUCUCUAUUGUCCAGAAGUGCAAUCCUGAUGCUGCUCUCGUGGCUCAUGAAAACACUUUUAACCGGAUUAGUAAAGAUGAUUGGUCUCUGGGAUAUAUCCCAGUUCUAGGAUCUGAGGAAAUCUGUGUUGGUGGCCAACGGUUGAGACUCAUUUCCGCCCCAGGGCAUACAGAUGGCCACCUGGCAUUGCUUCAUGUCACCACCAACUCAUUGAUAGUUGGGGAUCAUUGUGUAGGACAAGGUAGUGCGCUCUUGGAUAUCACGUCCGGUGGAAAUAUGAGUGAUUAUUUUCGCACAACGUACAAGUUCAUAGAGCUGUCACCACAUGUACUAAUUCCUAUGCAUGGUAGAGUUAACUUGUGGCCAAAGCACAUGCUUUGUGGAUAUCUUAAAAACCGGAGAAGUAGAGAAUCUACCAUCUCUAAAGCCAUUGAAAAUGGAGCAAAAACAUUGUUUGAUAUUGUUUCAUAUACAUAUGCGGAUGUUGACCGCAGUCUAUGGAUUCCUGCUGCGUCUAAUGUGAGACUUCAUGUUGAUCACCUUGCAGACCAAAACAAAUUACCCAAGGAAUUCUCGACACAGAGAUUCCUAUCGUCUUGUAAGCUGAACUUUUUUUUGAGAUGGGUGUGGGAAUAUGUACGUUGUAAAAUCAGCAAAAAGCAUAAUCUUCUUCAGAUAGUUACGGUUGCCAGUUAUGGAGUAGUGGCUGCCAGUGCCUUCGGUGUUCUCUACUUUUGCAAACCCAUUUGUAACCUAUCCUUGUCGUCACUCAAUGCUUUUCCUCCUCUCUUUUUGACCCUUCCACCUUCACCACACCAUGCAUGUACACAACAAUAUAAUGAUUAUAGCUCAAAUGUGACACAAAGUUUUAAGAAAUGGAUUUUUCCUAGCCAUCUUUGGCACUCUAUGAGCGAUGAGGAAUUGAUGUGGAGGGCCUCGAUGACUCCUCGUGUAACUGAUUACCCUUUCAAUCGGACGCCAAAAGUUGCUUUCAUGUUCUUAACGAGGGAAAGAUUGCCGUUGGCCCCACUAUGGGAGAUGUUCUUCAAAGGGCACGAAGGUCGAUUUACCAUCUACCUUCAUACCUUGCCGCAAUAUGACAAUGAGCCCGACGAGUCAUCGGUUUUUUACAAGCGUAGAAUACCUAGCAAGUUGGUUCAAUGGGGGAAGUCAACCAUGAUCGACGCCGAGAGACGACUCCUAGCGAACGCACUACUCGAUUUCACGAACGAAAGAUUUGUGCUCCUAUCAGAAACAUGCAUUCCAUUGUUCAACUUAUCCACAAUCUACAACUAUCUUAUAAACUCCGACCAAAGCUUUCUUAGCACCUUUGACGACCCUAGGCGCAUGGGUCGGGGCCGAUACAACAAGCGUAUGGGGCCCACAAUUAAAUUGUCCGAUUGGCGAAAGGGAUCUCAAUGGUUUGAAGCCAAUAGGGAGCUUGCCUUAACGAUAGUAUCCGACGUGACGUACUACUCUGUGUUUAGAAACCAUUGCAUGCCACCUUGUUAUAUGGAUGAGCAUUAUUUGCCAACCCUAGUCACCAAAAUUUGCCCUAACUUGACAUCAACUAGGACCAUAACUUGGACUGAUUGGUCCGGAGGUGGCUCACAUCCUAGGAUGUUUAGGAGAGGUGACGUCACACAAGGGUUUUUGGAAAGCAUUAGAAAUGGAUCCAAUUGUACUUAUAAUGGUGAGAUGAGCACAAUUUGCCAUCUCUUUGGAAGAAAAUUCCAUCCUAGUACUUUACAACCCUUGCUUAAGAUAGCCCCAAAAUUAUUUGGUCUCAGCCCUUAG